GUUCAUUCCUCUGACACAACAGGAGUGUCUUCGAUCUGAUGUUUCCAUGGCCCUUCUGCCAAGCACGCCGCAGUUCUCGGUUCCAGCUUCAGAUUUGCUCCGCGUCAGAAUAUUUACGUGCAAAUCAACAAGCCAAUCUUGGAACAUUGGUAAGUCAAUCGCCGAGAGGUGUGUUCUGCCUUGAAGGCAUGACAAUCUUUUGCACGAAUCCUUCCAUGCUUAUUUUUCUUCAGACAAUCGGUUGCUCCGAAAGCAAAAGGCAAUGCUGCUUUGCGAUCUCAACUUGGAUCAUCGAUCGUUUUCCAUGGAGGCUGUGCCAGUGCCGCCCCUACUUGACUUGACCAUCAUCAAUUACUCCCUCUCUUUUCCAUAACAGAGUUCGGUACCCCUGCAUUGCCUGCAAGCAACACUCCACAGUGCGUAGCAGCUCGUGCUAAAUUCUGGAGUACCAUCGAGUCCCCUGCCUAUAAAUACCAAGCACGUAGUACCCUUGUAGCCAUCAACCGGCCAGUCAUUCGGAGAAGAAGCAGAGUGCCUUUUGAGAUAGAGCCAUGGGGAAGAACACCCACCUGUGCUGUUUCUCGCUGCUGCUGCUGCUGCUGCUUCUGUUCGCCGGGCUGGCAUCCGGCCACCAGGUCCUGUUUCAGGGGUUCAACUGGGAGUCGUGGAAGCAGAGCGGUGGGUGGUACAACAUGAUGAUGGGCAAGGUCGAUGACAUCGCCGCCGCCGGAGUCACCCACGUCUGGCUCCCGCCGCCGUCGCACUCUGUCGCCAACGAAGGUUACAUGCCAGGUCGGCUGUACGACAUCGACGCAUCCAAGUACGGCAACGCGGCGGAGCUCAAGUCGCUCAUCGCGGCGCUCCACGGCAAGGGCGUGCAGGCGAUCGCCGACAUCGUCAUCAACCACCGGUGCGCCGACUACAAGGACAGCCGCGGCAUCUACUGCAUCUACGAGGGCGGCACCUCCGACGGCCGCCUCGACUGGGGCCCCCACAUGAUCUGCCGCGACGACACCACCUACUCCGACGGCACCGCCAACCUCGACACCGGCGCUGACUUCGACCACGCGCCUGACAUCGAUCACCUCAAUGAACGCGUCCAAAGGGAGCUCAAGGAGUGGCUCCUCUGGCUCAAGAGCGACCUCGGCUUCGACGCGUGGCGCCUGGACUUCGCCAAGGGCUACUCGCCGGAGAUGGCCAAGGUGUACAUUGACGGCACGUCCCCGAGCCUCGCCGUGGCCGAGAUUUGGGACGACAUGGUCCCCGGCGGCGACGGCAAGCCCAACUACGACCAGGACGCGCAUCGGCAGAAUCUGGUGAACUGGGUGGACAAGGUGGGCGGCGUUGCGUCUGCGGGCAUGGUGUUCGACUUCACGACCAAAGGGAUUCUGAACGCCGCCGUGGAGGGCGAGCUGUGGCGGCUGAUCGACCCGCAGGGGAAGGCUCCCGGCGUGAUGGGGUGGUGGCCGGCCAAGGCCGUCACCUUCGUCGACAACCACGACACCGGCUCCACCCAGGCCAAGUGGCCAUUCCCCUACGACAAGGUCAUGCAGGGCUACGCGUACAUCCUCACCCAUCCCGGCAUCCCAUGCAUCUUCUACGACCAUUUCUUCAACCUGGGGUUCAAGGACCAGAUCGCGGCCCUGGUGGCGAUCAGGAAGCGCAACGGCAUCACGGCGACGAGCGCCCUGAAGAUCCUCAUGCACGAAGGGGACGCCUACGUCGCCGAGAUCGACGGCAAGGUGGUGGUGAAGAUCGGGUCCAGGUACGACGUCGGGGCGGUGAUCCCAGCCGGGUUCGUGACCACGGCGCACGGCAACGACUACGCCGUCUGGGAGAAGACCGCAGCCGCGGCCACACUACAACGGAGCUGAAGCCUCCACUGAAGCGCGGCGGCAACAUGAUUUGAACUACAUUGUCCGUUCUGCUAUACACACGCAGAUAUUGUUAUUGUAGUAUAUACUUGUACCCAGAAAUGAGCUUUACGAAUGGCUCACACGACUAUAGUAAAUAAAGUAUUGAGGAUACGAAGAGGUAUAGAAGGCAAUUGGGCCAUUUGGAUGCUUCAGGAUAAAGGAAAGGAAAAUACAGUUCCAGGGCAAGAAAGAAAAAAUCAACGGUAAUACCUGACGAUGACAUUGUUAUGACGAUGACACACCAUAUAUGAUUUACACAAUGGUUCCAGUAAUAUGAGGAGCACGCCGGCAUGCCAGGAAGUAAGAAACAACAAAUCGACGGUUUUUCUGACUACUGCAAAUAAGAUUUCCUCAGUAAUACCAAGACACUGCCAUGAAUCCAAAUAAAUCCAGCAAAGGAAGCCAAAAUGGCAGCCUAUUAUUAAUUUAUUAUUCUCCAAAGGCUAGCCUCAAAUAGGCGAAAGAUGAGCUCUUUCAUAGUUUUGUUACAUUGCAUCCCAUACAUUGCUGGAGGAACCAGCAGAAUGAAGAUGGCAUUGCAAGUUGGGGAGCAGAGAGGCUCUACCGAAGGAAACACGAUAAGAAGCAAAACAGGCA